GGCAGUGCAUCGCGGGGAGGAGGGCCGGGAGCGCUCGGGGCUGCGCGGAAUUCGCCGGGAACGUCUGGCGCCGGCUCUCUGGCUCGCUCACUCGCUCCGACCGGCUCCCUGCGCCUCAUCCCUGGGCUGCGCGGGGACCCGGGCCCGGUCGGGCGCGGGGCGAGCAGGAUCCACGGGCGGGAGGCGCGCGCUCUGGGCAGCGCCUGGCCCCGGACAUGGACAGAAGGAGCUGGGCGCGCAGGGGGCGCCGCGGGACCGGGCGGCCGGAGCGCUGAGCCAGACAAAGGCUCAGGAGUUGCGCUUGCUCUCGAGAGCCGGGCCCCGGGCGCCGAGGCUGCAGGACCCCGCGGCGGGCGGCUCCGGCCCGCCCUCUCCCCCGUGGGCAGGCUCCGCGCUCCCGGCCCUGCCCGGCCCGCUUUUCCUCGGGCGUGGGAAUUUGCCGAGGAGACCUAAGCGGCUCCGCGGUGGCCGGGACCGGGAGGUCUGCCUCGCGCCCGCCGGGCGGGGAGCCAGGGAGCGUCGCAAGUUUCCGAGCCGCGUGCGGGGACCCGGCGAGCGGGCGAGCCGCGCGUGCAGCAGCGCCCCGGGCCAGGCCGGUCGCCGGAAGCAUGGGCAGCGACCGGAGCGCGCCCGGACGGCCGGGCUGGGCGGGCAGUCUCCUUAGCGGCCGGGAGGCGGCUGCGCGGCCGCGACUGCUGCCGCUGCUGCUGGUGCUUCUGGGCUGCCUGGGCCGCGGCGCAGCGGCGGAGGACGCAGAAGUCAAUGCCGAGAACUGGCUGCGGCUCUAUGGCUACCUGCCCCAGCCCAGCCGCCACAUGUCCACCAUGCGCUCCGCCCAGAUCCUGGCCUCGGCCCUCGCCGAGAUGCAGCGCUUCUACGGGAUCCCCAUCACGGGUGUGCUGGACGAAGAGACCAAGGCUUGGAUGAAGCGGCCCCGCUGUGGAGUGCCAGACCAGUUCGGGGUACGCGUGAAAGCCAAUCUGCGGCGGCGGCGGAAGCGCUACGCCCUCACCGGGAGGAAGUGGAACAACCACCACCUGACCUUCAGCAUCCAGAACUACACGGAGAAGCUGGGCUGGUACCACUCGCUGGAGGCGGUGCGUCGGGCCUUCCGCGUGUGGGAGCAGGCCACGCCCUUGGUCUUCCAGGAGGUACCCUAUGAGGACAUCCGGCUGCGGCGACAGAAGGAGGCCGACAUCAUGGUACUCUUUGCCUCUGGCUUCCACGGCGACAGCUCACCGUUUGACGGCACAGGUGGCUUUCUGGCCCACGCCUAUUUCCCUGGCCCUGGACUGGGCGGGGACACCCAUUUCGAUGCAGAUGAGCCCUGGACCUUCUCCAGCACUGACCUGCAUGGGAACAGCCUCUUCCUGGUAGCAGUGCAUGAGCUGGGCCAUGCGCUGGGGCUGGAGCACUCAAGCAACCCCAGUGCCAUCAUGGCACCAUUCUACCAGUGGAUGGACAUUGACAACUUCCAGCUGCCCGAGGACGACCUCCGGGGCAUCCAGCAGCUGUACGGCACCCCAGAUGGCCAGCCACAGCCCACCCGGCCUCUUCCCACCGUGACCCCCCGGCGGCCAGGCCGGCCAGACCACCGGCCCCCCAGACCCCCUCAGCCACCUCCCCCAGGCGGGAAGCCGGAGCAGCCCCCAAAGCCAGGCCCCCCGGCCCAGCCUCGAGCCACGGAGCGGCCCGACCAGUAUGGCCCCAACAUCUGCGACGGGGACUUUGACACGGUGGCCGUGCUGCGCGGGGAGAUGUUCGUGUUCAAGGGCCGCUGGUUCUGGCGGGUCCGGCACAACCGGGUCCUGGACAACUACCCCAUGCCCAUCGGGCACUUCUGGCGUGGUCUGCCCAGUGACAUCAGUGCUGCCUACGAGCGCCAAGAUGGGCGUUUUGUCUUUUUCAAAGGUGACCGCUACUGGCUCUUCCGAGAAGCGAACCUGGAGCCUGGCUACCCACAGCCACUGACCAGCUACGGCCUGGGUAUCCCCUACGACCGCAUUGACACAGCCAUCUGGUGGGAGCCCACGGGUCACACCUUCUUCUUCCAAGAGGACAGGUAUUGGCGUUUCAAUGAGGACACGCAGCGUGGAGACCCCGGCUAUCCCAAGCCCAUCAGCGUGUGGCAGGGGAUCCCCGCCUCCCCUAAAGGGGCCUUCCUGAGCAACGAUGCAGCCUACACCUACUUCUACAAGGGCACCAAAUACUGGAAGUUUGACAACGAGCGCCUGCGAAUGGAGCCCGGCUACCCCAAGUCCAUCCUGCGGGACUUCAUGGGCUGCCAAGAGCACGUGGAGCCGGGGCCCCGGUGGCCUGACGUGGCCCGUCCGCCCUUCAACCCUGACGGGGGUGCAGAGCCCGGGGCGGGCGGUGACAGUGAGGAGGGCCACGAGGCGGGCCCCGGCGGCAAAGAGGGGGACUUCGGGGAGGGGACAGACGAGGACGGGGGCAGCCGCGUGGUGGUGCAGAUGGAGGAGGUCACUCGGACGGUGAACAUGGUGAUGGUGCUGGUGCCCCCGAUGCUGCUGCUGCUCUGCAUCCUGGGCCUCACCUACGCCCUGGUGCAGAUGCAGCGCAAGGGCGCGCCCCGCAUGCUCCUCUACUGCAAGCGCUCCCUGCAGGAGUGGGUCUGACCCUCCGCACCAGCCCCUCCUGCUCCUCACGGUGCUAAGGGGCCAGGCUGGCCGCGCCUGUGGUUCUGAGACAGCUCCUGGGGCCUUUCAUCCAGAGCCUUCAGUGGUUCCCUCAGCCCCUGGGUGGGGGCCCCUCCAGGCCCUCUAACAUCCCUGCCAGGCCUGCCCCCUUGUUUAUUUAUGCCCAGGUAUCUUUUUUUUUUUUUUUUUUUGCACACUGAUUGAGCAUUUCUUCCUACUUUCCUGACCAGGGCGGUCCCUCAGGGCAGGGGGUUAGUUUUCUAAAUGUAGUUCUGCACCAGACAGGGAAUUAGGCUCCCACCCACUUCUGGCUUAGCCAGAGGAGCAGAGGGUCAGAAGGCCCGGCUGGAAGAGUGGCCAAAGGACUGUUGGGCUGUGCUUCAGCCUGAGCACCAGGGCCAGAACCGAGGGCUCUGCUGGCUUUGGAGUGUGGUGGGGCCUAACUGGUCUCAGCCCUCUGAGUCUCUGUGGUCUUAGAAAGAGCUUUCACCCGGUGGCAGCCCCAGGCCAGAGGGGCCAGAGGGGGCAGAGGGGGAGGUGGCCUGCUGAUCGAGAGAGUCCUGUUGAGGUCUGGUUCCUUCCCACCCACCUCUGACAACUCCAGCAGCCUGGUUCCUUGUGCCUAAGAACCUACCCUGCCCCUGGCCAGCACAGGGCCAACAGCCCCCAGCUGCCCUGUACCCCUUGAGCCCGCACCUCCUUCCCUCUCUGGAGAAGGGGCCCUGGGCCUGCCUUACCAAGGACCAAAGGGGGUCUGCCGAGGCCCCUCCCCCAAGGGUAGCACCAGCCUCGGCCCCGGGCUGGGUCUCCACCCCCGCCCACUUUCUCCUCUCUGAGUCAUGACCCAGCUGGGCUCUUUCCGUGAGCGUCCUCCCUCCCUCUCUCACCCACACCACCAUCCUCAGAGGUCUCAGAACCCCAGCAGCCUCAGGCUCAGCUGCCAGUGUCCCGGCUGUCCCAGGGAGAGAGGGGCGGAUGGGCGCCCAGGCUGGCACGGGAGGUGUCCACAGACGCGCGCCCACCAGCCUGGGGGUGUUCCUCCCUGCCAGCUCCCUGUCCCCCAGGCGCACUGGUAGGGAGAGGCCAGCAGCUCAUCCCCUCACACAGGCUGUGGGACAGGGCUGUGGAGCCCCCAGAAGAGCCCACUAGUGGUAGCCUGGAGAUCCUCCCCGUCCUGGGCUCAGCCCUGAGCGUGAAGAUGAUUCCUCCCUCUUUUCCUUCCCAAAGUAAGCAGGAGGCGAGGCUGCUGUGGGAAAUGGUACUGUACAGCCGGCUCUGUCCCCUCUGCUUCCCUGCAGCCCUGAGCAAGCAGGUCUGCCGCCCAGAAUCCCUGAGGCCCCUGCGGGGAGGGGCUCCUCAUGGGCUGGCCCCAGUGCGGGUCCAGCAGCUUCCUCCCCCCUCCAUCCUCAGAACCACCGGUGAGCCAGCCAAGGGGGGUGGGGAGGGAGGGGGUCAGUGUCCACCCCCAUACGUUUCUUUCUGUAAAUAAUCUGCACUGAUUAAAUUGUACGGCCGGCG